GAUUCUUUUUAGUAGGAAUGUUACCCGUUUUACUUGGAGGACCUGAAAAAUUAUUGAUAAAUAUUUUAAACAAUGCCAGAAAUUAUGAUCACACUUUAUUCAAAGCAUGGGUUUUUAAUCAAUUGUACAUAUUUUCUAAAACACCUGAAGUCUUAGAAGCAGUUCUUACCAAUCCUAACCUGUUCAGCAAAUCUAAAGAAUAUAAGGUGUUAAACGAAUCACUUCCGGGCAAUGGAAUUUUAACUAACAAUAUGUUCCAUGAAUGGAAAAAGAACAGAAAAAUGGUAGCUGCGGGGUUUAAAUUUUCAAUGCUUAAAUCGUUCGUACCAAUAUUUUACGAGGAAGCAAAAUUCUUGGGCAAAAUAUUGUACGAAAAAAGAGAAAUCAAUUCAAAUGAAUGUGAAAUAAGCUCUGCAAUCGGUAUGGCGACUUUGGAGAUGAUCGGAAGAACCGCUUUCGGUGUAAAAUUAAAUGCACAAAAAAACGGAAAUCAUGAGUUUUUUGACAAUUUACAAGUCGUCCUAAAGGCUUGGGAACACCGAAUCACAUACCCUUGGUUUAUGAACAAGAGUCUAUUUCAGUUGUCGGCGUUUAAACGUAAACAAGACAUAAGUCAAAGAAAAAUUUACAAAUACAUCGAUGAUUUAGUUCAGAGAAUAAAUACUGAAUUGAAAAAUAAUAAAAACAGUCAAGGAGAACAUAACGAAGAGUGUAUGGGCUUUAAAUCUAAAUCUUUUAUUGAAAUACUGCUCGAGAAUGAACAUCAGAUGACAUUUAACCAAAUACGAGAUGAAAUAAUAACUAUUAUAGGUGCGGGUCAUGACACGACAGCUACAACGAAUGCAUGUACAAUAUUUAUGUUGGCUACUCAUCAGGAUGUACAAAAUAAAGUGUGGGAAGAAUUAUUGGCAAUAUUUUCUUCUGGCGACCCAGAUCGACAACCUACCUAUGAGGAUUUACAAAAGAUGGAUUACUUGGAACGUGUAAUCAAAGAAACUCUGAGACUCUAUACCGUUACUCCCUUGUUUGCCAGAAAAGUCGAAAAGGAAACAAUGAUUGGAGGCUAUUUAAUCCCGGAAGGGUCAACGUUCAUGAUAUACACUCAGCUUUUACACUUAAAUGCAAAUUUUUACCCGGAACCAGAAAAGUUUAAUCCAGACAACUUCUUGCCCGAAGCAUGUCGCAGUCGCCAUCCGUAUUCGUUCAUUGCCUUUAGUGGCGGUUACAGGAAUUGCGUUGGUAGCAAAUAUGCAAUGCUUCAAAUGAAAACUGUCAUCUCAACACUAGUCCGGUCCUAUCGUUUUUACCCGUCGGAUAAAUGUCCCAAUCCUGAAAAUCUUCGUUUAAAGUAUACGAUGACACAGAAGUUUGUCGACGGGUGUUACGUUAAAAUAGAAGCGAGAACAUAAUCAAUUAAUGUAGCAUGGUUUUGAACCAAUAUGAUUACUUCUUAUUCAAAUAAGGGUUUCAUCUGGAUAAUUGUGUUAUCAUAUUUUUUGGAUUUUAGAUACAUCGGUGUUGGUUAACAAAAAUAAUAUCUAUAUUUAAUAACU